GGACGGUGGGUCACGGCGGGGCGGGCGGCAGCCCGAGGACCCCCGCGUCCAGCCGGCCGCUCUCCGCGGAGCCCGGGCCGGUUCGCCGCCGUCAUGGCCAGGCGCCCCCGGAGCAGCCGGGCGUGGCGCUUUGUCCUGAGCGCGGCCCGCCGGGAUGCGGCCGAGAGCGGCUACAACUCUGACGGGCAGCACAGCGACUCCGACUCGGACCCCGAGUACGCGUCCUUGCCGCCUGCCAUCCCCAGCGCCGUGCCCGUGACCGGGGAGUCCUUCUGCGACUGUGCCGGCCAGAGCGAGGCCUCGCUGCGCAGCCUGCACGCCGCGCACCUGAGCAAGGACUGCCGCUGCGGGGAGGAGGCGGAGCACUUCGACUGGGUCUGGGAUGACCUGAACAAGUCCUCUGCCACCCUGCUGAGCUGCGACAACCGCAAGGUCAGCUUCCACACCGAGUACAGCUGUGGCACAGCGGCAAUCCGGGGCACCAAGGAGCUGGGCGAGGGCCAGCACUUCUGGGAGAUCAAGAUGACGUCGCCCGUGUAUGGUACCGACAUGAUGGUGGGCAUCGGGACAUCAGAUGUGGACCUGGACAAGUACCACCACACGUUCUGCAGCCUGCUGGGCAGAGAUGAGGACAGCUGGGGCCUCUCCUACACAGGUGAGUGGCUGGAGGGGGAUGGGCUGCGGCCCUGGUGGCCCUCCGCGCUCACCACCCCUCCCGACCCCAGGGCUCCUGCACCACAAGGGCGACAAGACGAGCUUCUCCUCACGGUUCGGUCAGGGCUCCAUCAUCGGGGUGCACCUGGACACGUGGCACGGGACUCUGACGUUCUUCAAGAACAGGAAGCGCAUAGGAGUGGCCGCCACCAGGCUGUGGGACAGGAAGUUCUACCCGAUGGUGUGCUCCACGGCCGCCAGGAGCAGCAUGAAGGUGGUCCGCUGCUGUGCCAGCUCCACCUCCCUGCAGUACCUGUGCUGUCGCCGCCUGCGCCAGCUGCGGCCGCACUCUGGGGAUACUCUGGAGGGCCUGCCCCUGCCGCCCGGCCUGAAGCAGCUGCUGCACGACAAGCUGGGCUGGGUGCUGGGCAUGAACCGUACCCGCCACAAGCCGCCCACGCCCGCGCCUGCGCCCGCCCCAGCCGGGACCGAGAACAGGCCCUGUCAGAGGAAACGCUGCCGACGGAGCUGACCCCCGGCUGUCCUCUCCCUGGCCACGGCCCACGUAGCAGAAGAAGCUGGGCCCUGCCUCUGCGGAGGUCAGGACUGCCUUGCCGCCUGGGCUGGGCAGAGCAACAGGUGGCCAGGCCCUCUGGACCCAGUGUGGGAGCCGAGUAGGGUGGCCACCCGGCGCUGCCUGCGGUGGAGGGCCCAGCUAGCAGCUGCUGCCCACAGCUCUGCGUGUCCUUAGCCGCUGUUCCCGCAGGCUCCAUGACCCCAGGGACUACAAUAAACAGAGUGUCUGUCUCCUGUGACUGAGCCUACUUGGGGCUGCCAA